AUGACAAAGUCAUCGGGAAAAAAGAAUAAAGAACCAGAACUAUCAGAGGUCUUAAAAAAAUGGCUCGAACCGCGAAUUCGACCAAAAUUAGCGGCCGGUCUAAGUUUGGAACAAGCAUGGGAAGACUUGGUUAAAGAUAUAGUCAUUAAAGCUUUAUCGCCGUUGCCGCUAAAAGUGUUUGCGAGUGCAAUUCAACGUCUUCAAGAGCUCGAUGAAGCAGCACGGCUGGCAUUGGUGGAAAAGCUACUUACCAUUUCACCUAAUCCCGAAUGUGCACCACCUGAUCGAGCUGAGCGUAUCCGUAAUACUUUGUUGACGGUUUUGUCCCCUCAAAAUGGGCCUGAAGGCUCGGGUACUUUUAUCGAGGUCGAUGAAGAUUUCAUGAAUAUGGUACGAACUGUGCUUGAGCAUUCACACAGAGAUUGGGCCAGUGCACGCGACGUACUUCAACGUUUUCUUAAAGACUGCACUACAAAAUUCAAUGGCGAUCGUAAUGUUUUUAUUGUGUAUCCUCGUUUAUCUAAUAUUGUACGUGAUGUAUUUCAAGAUAUACAUGAACAAAAGAGUCUCAAUUAUUUUUAUGCAUGCAUGCAAGAACUUGCUGCUGCAAAAGGACACAAAUUAAUGGAACUAGUAAAGAUUAAUAUUGCUAAAGAAGAUAAUACACAUCUCGAUAAAUUCUUACGAAUAGUGUUUCCUAAAGGAAUUCCUGAUGAUCCAGUGAUAAAAAACCCGAAUAAGAGUGAUGACAGCAAUGAUGAGCCUCCUAAACACAAAUUUUCGUUAAGACCGCGUACUCGAUAUCGACCGCCUCAACAAUUGCUAAGACCAAGAUGGCAUAACCAGCAGCAAAUGCUUCUUCGAACGUUAUUGGAGGAACCUUCACAUAUGCUUCCGCGCACAGAGCUAAUCGCUCGUGCUCUGGCAAAAGACGCGGAAAUGAGUGCGCGUGAAGGUUUACCUCGAUGUUUUACUGGACAGACACCUAAAAAUUCUGCUAGUGCUUGUCUUACUACGAAUGCUGAAAAGUAUUUUGUGCUGGUGAAACAAACUGGAACCCAAAAUUCAUGGUAUAAACUUUCCUUUAUACCCGGAGAUUUGGACGAUGCCAUCGUGGCCUAUAAUAGCUGGAUGAAGCAGUUAAUUGAACAUGAUUGGCCUUUAUGCUUUGGAAAGACGAAAAAGUCUAAACACGGUAUCGAUCUCAUAAAAAGUCCACGCGCGGUUGUUUUGAGUGUAGGUGCCAGCAACGAGAAGCACUUACGGUGCAGACGUUGCGGUCCAGAAAUAAAGGCGUGUGAUAUGAAACUACCAUCUUGCACAAAGUGCAAAUCUAAAGGGGUUCUUUGUGUAUAUCCCAUGCGUGCAGGAGUACACAGGGAUAAUUCUCGGCUUAAUAAUACUUAUAAUACAACAAUCAAAUCUUCUCCUUCGAAGUACAAGGAGAUGCCGCCCACCACAAUUUCUCUAAGAACAAAGUCACGCGAGAUGACCGACUCUUAUGAAAAGAAGGUAAGAAAUAAGAUUUCAAAUGAUAUUGAGGCCGCUAGUCAAGAAGAAAUACUCGCUGGUCUUGAUUUAACGGGUGUCCCCACGAGUUUAAAUGAUAUUGUCGAAGUUCGACCCUCUACAAUUCCUAAUGCUGGGCGGGGUUUAUUUGCCACACGAAAUAUUCCAAUGAGUACUCCAUUAGGAUUUUAUUUUGGUAUACCUACAAUGGAACAUGAAUUUGAUUUAUACAAAGAUAAUGUUGGUAAAGCAUCGCACUAUUCAAUGAGAUAUCGUCACACAAUACUUGACGCCACUGACGAACAAGGUGAACCAUUCACCGAUCCAAAUGGGAAAAUAUACUGUCCUUUUCAUUUUAUGAACGAGGAUCCAUUUGGAAAUAUGGUGUUUUUGGAAGGAAAUGAAGUGAACCAAGUUAUUUGCUGGACUAAAAGAGACAUACAAAAAGGUGAAGAAUUAUUCGUAUAUUAUGGAGGUGAAGUUGAUCGGGGACAUUGGGGAACAAAGUCAAACAACGGCGGUGGAGGAGGAGGAAGCGGUGAUGCAGAAGAAGAGGAGAAAACUGAAGAGUCAGAUGAACAAGAGUUUCACGAUGAAGAUAAAAAUGUAGUAAAAAGCAUUCCAAAGCGACGGAAAAGAACCAACAAUAAUAAUAAAUCUAAUGGGAAAAAUAGCAAUAAUACGCCGCAUUCUUAUAAUUCCUCCUCUUAUGUUAGUACCAACGAUGAUGAAGAUGAAGUAAUUAUCAAGAUUGAAGAAGAUUAA